AUGCCAACAGUAUCUUUAACAGAACAAUUUAGAAUCAACACCAGCGUAUGGGAUACCUUACAUGACUACCAAAAAGUAGGUGUGAAGUGGCUUCUGAAUAACUACAUAGGAGAUAAAGGCUCAUUACUAGCGGACGAGAUGGGUUUAGGAAAGACCUUACAGGCCAUUGCGUUAAUUGCGGCGCUUCUUGACUCCGGUUCAGUAGCGUUAACAGACAGAUGGGAUGCGUUAAUGCAAGGAAUUACUGUAGCAGAUUGCACGGGAGAAGGAUUAAUUCGGGAAGCCCGAUGUUGCCAUGUCGUUUACAAGGAGAUGAGCGCGCACUUGAAGUUAUUUUCAGAGUAUGCAAUCCUUGUGAUGUGUCCUGCUACGUUGCUGAUUCAGUGGCAACAGGAGAUAGAGCACUUCUAUCCGCCAUUGAAAUCCAACGUGUACAUGAUCACCUCUGGUGAGGCGUUAACAAAAUAUCUAACAAAACAUCGACAAGCAGACGCGGUACAGGUUGGUGGUAGUCGACGCUUGGAUGACCUAAGGUAUGAUGGUGGUAUAUAUCUAACGACCUAUGAGUUCUUGAGGAGGCACCAGGCCCGUUUCCGGAAGGUUCCGUUUGCUCUCGGAGUCCUGGACGAAGGACAUAAGCUGAAGAACCCCAACUCGCAAUUGACGUUGGCGGUUAAAUCAAUGGAUAUCAGAAACAGGGUUGUCUUGUCGGGUACCCCACUUCAAAAUGACCUGACGGAAUUUUGGAGCUUAAUCGACUUUGUCCAUCCCGGUCUACUGGGCACGCUACCUACAUUCAAGAAGUAUUUUGUGUUUCCCAUCGACCGCGCCGGCAAGAACUACGUCGCAGAUGAUGAACGGCAAAAGAGCCGUGAAUGUAUCAGUCUUUUGAAACAACUCGUCCUACCCCACUUGUUCAGGAGAACCAAGGGACAGGUCAAACUCCACCUACCAGAAAAGACGGAAAGGGUACUGCUAUGUCCCCUCACGCUGGCUCAGUAUCAAGUGUACUGCGCGUUCCUAACCAUCCACAAGGUUUCUGAACAAAUGGCCCAAGCAUAUGCCAGGAGUAAAGGCAAUCCUUUCGGGGCCGGCAACUCGAUUACCAAAGCUCUAGCUUACCUAUCCAUGCUCAUUAAGCUAUGCAACCAUCCAGAUCUCAUUCUGCGCACCGUCGGAAAGCCAGCAGAUUAUGGCAACGUUGAAAGGUCAGGAAAAUUAAAGAUUCUAAUUCAACUGCUUAAAACCUGGAAGAAAGGAGGACAUAGGACCUUAAUAUUCAGCCAGAGAAUUCAAACACUGAACAUUAUCGAACGACACCUUAUCACCCUCAACGCUUCUGCGGCUGUUCCGAAUUCUGCCCAAGAUAGCGCCGCGCACACACGUGUGCUGCCAGCAGCUGCGCCAUUCAAAUAUUACCGGAUCGAUGGAACUGUACCGGUAAAGCAGCGGAUACCAUUGAUAGAUGAUUUUAACGAGAAUAAUUCAGUUUUCUGCAUGCUCUUGACCACGCGAGUUGGCGGUCUGGGUAUCAAUUUGACCGGAGCAGAUCGCGUCGUCAUCUUUGACCCCGAUUGGAAUCCGAGUGUUGACGCCCAAGCUCAAGAAAGAUGUUGGCGCAUCGGCCAAAAGAACAGCGAUGUAAAGGUCUAUCGUCUCAUUUGCCAAAACACCAUUGAGGAGAAAAUAUACAAACGCCAAAUAUACAAGAGUCACAUAGCUAACAGGAUUUUGAAGAAUGAGGACGACAAAGUAUUCAAGCCAAACGAUUUCAUAGAAAUGUUCGCACAUCCCCCCCAGCCUGCCAACUCCGGUUCUCAGGCGCCGCUACCGGGUGACUUGCUUCAGAAAUUUGUUCAGGCGUUGAAGAGACCGGACAUUUUCGCGGAUUAUGGAAAGGAGGACAAGGAAGAGCCGCUGGAAAGGGACUCGGUGUCCAUGCUACCGGACGAGCCGUGUCCGUCGAACUCACUGUCGCCCGUGGACCAAUCCCCUGCUACGCCUAGUGAGAUGGCCCCAGCUACCCCACUCCUUACUCCGCCUGGGACCUUCGCGCACUCGGCUAGUGGGGAGGAAGCGUCUGGUGACCCUGUGUCCUCGAUCUCAUCCUCCACACUUGUGGGUUUGCCGGGAGAUGCUCCCAGUCUCCCAACAGCGGGUGAAAUUGACGAAGAAGUGUCUGGUGUUCAGGUGCUGGACGAGGCAGAGCUGGAACGUGAAAUAAGAGCCAAGAGAAAAGUUUCCAAAAGAGGGAGCAGUGAGCCGGGGAGCAGUGGGUCGAGAAGCGACAAGAAGAAAAGGAAGCUGGACGAGGAGGAGGAAGGCUUGCUGCCUGACGACGACACUGCGGCGUUGGCUACAGUUGCGCGCCAGGAGUCGAGCAGCACUGGAGAGGUGUCCGACGACGGGGAGGGCGAGACCGGCGGCGAAGAGGACCUUCUGAAGGAGCUGUGCUCGGCGGGCACUAUCAACUCGGUGGAGGAGCACGAGCGACUGGUGAACGAGUCGAUUGUCAUCCGGCUGACUUCAGAGAACCGUGCGAGCUACGCCUACAAAGCCUAUGGCGCGCUCGUCACGAGCAGAAGAGACCGAGACGCGCACUCCUGGAACGUACCCACUUGGACCGGCCGUCACGGCCAGGCCGGCAAGCCGAUCCACCUCAACCUGGCCACGUUGUCCAUGAGCAUGAAGGAAGAGCGGAUUGGCAAGUGCAUUGGUAAUUUUGUUCCGCUUCGCCUCAACGACACGCAACGCAAAUUAUUCGUCAAAGUAAGGCCCGGUGGGAAGCAGGUCGUUGGUGGGAACACGGGGUGGAGACGGCUAGUCGCAUGUGUUUGCCUUUAG